AUGUUCAACUUCCUGAGCGGCCUCUUUUCCAAGGACGAGCAGCAGCUCAGCGCCAAGGCCAAGCGGCCGCCGCACCAUGCGUUGCCUCGACCCCUCGCCAGCAAUCGCAAUCCGGGCUUGCACAGCGGCGCUGGGCCGCCUGGCAUCGAUGUCGACGUCGAGGAGGGCGUGCCCAACGUUGAACUCAAAAUCGUGAUGGUGGGGGGCAGGGGCGUGGGCAAGACGUCCAUCAUCCGGCGCUACACGCAGGACCUCUUCUCCAAGACCUACGUCCCGACCAUCGGAGUGGACCUGCUGUCGGUGGAGAUCGAGCAGUCCCUGUACCGGGACCUGGGACCCGUGGUGCUCCUCCACUUCUACGACGUGGCCCACGCCGAGGUCCUGACAGGAGCGGGCGGGCGGGCGGGCGGGCGGGCGCAGGUGGGCGGGGCCAACCUGCGUCGCCUGUUCGAGGAGGCGUCGGGCGUGGUGACGGUUCCCUGUCCGCCCUCGACGAGUGGUACAACGCCAUGGCCGACCACCUGCCCCCCCGAGGAGGAGGAGGAGCAGCAGCAGCAGGAGGAGGGCCUCCCCGCGAUGAUCCUCCUGGGCAACAAGUGCGACUCGGGCUCGUCCGCCAUCAGCCCCCAGAGCCUCGAUGUGCGGUGCGGCUACCGGCGAUGGCGGUUGAUCAGCGCCAAGAACGGGGCUUCGGUGCAUGAGGCCAUCGAUGCGCUGGUGCGCGACCUCCUCAGGGGGAUCCACCAGAGAGAGCAGGAGAGCAGGAACCGGGCGGCGAGCAAGCUCGUCGUCCCGGCCGGGAGGAAGACGUGUGAGGUCGACCGGGAGGCCGACUGCGCCUCCGAUUCCGGCAGCGGCGCGCGGAGCCGAGAGUCGACCGCGGCCAUUUCGCGCGAAAAUACCGUCAUCGUCACCACCCUCGCCACGACCACCCCUCCUGCUCGCACUUACGUCGGCGGCGGCAAUGACGAGCCCAAGGCAUCAAUGACCACGCCCGCUAGGCAGACUGCACAAGACCACGCGGCUGUGAUGCCUGCCGCCGCUGUCGAUGACGUCCCAGAGGGGGCCGCGAAGGAAGCGGAGGCCAAGCAACAGCGCGACGACCAGGUCAGGAAGAGCAGGAUUGUCAAAUACGAGCGCAAAAUCGCCCAGAUUCGAGAGCUGGUGGAAGAGUUCUAUCGGCAACUGCACGGUGACCUGCUGCAGCUCCGAGACCUCUGGCCGCGCGGGGACAAGCGAAGCGGAGACAUGGAGCGGCUGUACGAGCAGGCCCGCAGCGAACACGCCGACCUCGUCCGACGCCUCCGCGCUCUCCCGGCGACGUCGGAGGUGGCGGCCAACGCGUCGGCGCAGCUGUGCGCCUCGGCCGACCUGAAGAAGAUCCACAUCGCGGCAUCGGAGCAGGUGACCAAGUGGCAGAAGCUCAUGCACCACCUGGACACGGAGAUCGCCCUCUCCUCGCGCCUCACCCUCCGGCGCUCCCUCGCCACCCACCUCACUGCCUCGACCCCCUCCCUCCUUUCCUCGCCCCUCCUCUCCUUCUCGGCCACCACCUCCACCUCCACCUCCGCCGCCACCUCCUACUCGGCCUCCUCAUCGCCUCCACCUCCUUCGUCCUCCACACGCCGGUCACAGUCCAGCGAGCCACCGAUGGGCUGCCCGCCUACGGCCCUGCCCGCCUACGCCACCACUUCGUCGUCGUCCAUGUCGUCAUCGUCGUCGCUUUCCGGGUCGGGGGGCCGGGUGGUGCCGGCCUACUCGUCGUUUCCGUCGUCGUCGUCCACGUCGCCCUACUCGUCCCCGCCCUCCUACAUCGACACGCUCGCGCCGCACCACCAGUACCCGCGACAGCACCCGCUCCUGUCCUCCUCCCUGACCUCGUCCUCCUACUCCUCGUUCUCCUCGCCCUCCUACUCCUCCUCCUCCUCCUCGUCGUCGUCGUCGUCGUCUACGUCUACGCACUACUACCGCAACACGCCGCUCUCGUCGUCGUCCUCGCAGCUCUCCCUGCGCCACUUCUCCACAACCUACAUGAGCGGCGAGGUGGCCGAUGAGGACAAGAUCAGCGCCAAGCUCUCCUCCCUCGCCUCGUUCGAGGCGCGGCCACGUUCGUCGCGGCGGCGGCGAAAAGGCUUCGGGUUCCGCAACGCCGGCAAAAGCGAGUUCGAUGGGUGUUCGUCGGGAGAGGUUACGCCGCUGUCGUCCCUCACGGCGUCGUUCAACUCGUCUCCCCUCUCGUCCCAGGCGGUGUCCGACGACGAGGGCGACUCCAACAACAACAACAACAACAACAACAACAACAACACAACAACAACAACAACAACAACAACAACGACGACGACGACGACGACGGGUUCCUCAUGGGCGGGGCGGCCGACGACCUGGCCAGCAGCGGCGAGACCACGCGUGUGA